GAAGGACCCCCGCCUUCCCCGGCUGAGGAAAAUGGCCGACGUAGAGCUGGAAAUCGAGUCUACAAGAAUGAAUAAUAAUGGAAACGAACACGUGAAAGAAGAUUUGGAGAGCAAUGAGAAGACUGGGAGCGAGGAGGAGAGUGUUGAAAAUUCUGAAGAUGAAGAGGACGAUAAAGAGGUUGGAGAGGGGGCAGCUGAAAUGAAUGGAGAAAAGACAGCAGAGAGGUCCAAACAUUACAGCAGUGGCAGCAAACACAAGAAAAAGAAGCACAAACACCGCAGCAAGCACAAAAAACACAAACACGCCUCCGAAGAGGACAAGGACCGCAAGCGCAAACAUAGACACAAACACAAGAAACACAAACGUAAAGAUGGCUCUUCUCCAUCCGCCCCUGGCGUCAACAGCUCCUUCAGCCACAGAAAAACGGACAUAUCUCCUGUAUCUGAUGACAAGGCUUUAUUGGAGGAGUUGGAGAAACAGAGGGCCAUGAUCAAAGCAGAGCUAGACAGCCAGAUGAUGGAGGGGGGCAAGGUGCAGUCAGGCAUGGGCCUCAUCCUACAGGGUUAUAACUCUGGCUCUGAGGAGGGAGAUGGAGAUGGGGGGGUCCGGAAUGGGGAGCAGCACCAGAGGGGCAGCAUGGCAAAGCCCCCCUCCCCCAGGGGUAGGAGUGGUAAAUCCAGACGGGACACCACAGAAGCAGGCAAGUCCAGCUCCAAGCGCCACAGUCGGAGCAAGUCUAGGGACAAGACUGGCAAGGAGUCCAAGUCAGACAAAACGACCAAAGGCACCAAAAACACUGCUGCCAAAGACCGUGGCUGCAGCAAAUCAAAAGAGAGGAAACGUUCCCGGAGCAGGUCCAAAGAGAGAAGCAAGAAGUCUCCUUCCCCCUAUAGCAGGAGAUCAGAGCAGAGGGGUGGCCGCUUGGAUAAACGCUCUUCGCCCCAGAACGAUGACAGACCAAACGCGGUGCACGGCAGCUGGAAGUCCAGAUCACGGGAGCGUCCAGGACGAUCGGAUGCGGAGAAAGAGCCGGACAAGAGGCCGACCAAGUCCCCGUUUAAGGACACCUCGUCAGGGAAAGAGAAUCGCUCUCCCCAAAGGCGAGGAGGAAGGGAGCUCAGCAGCCCCCAGAGGAGACGCAGCACCUCCCCACGCUCCACCAGAGACUCCCAACAGGCAUCAGCUUCAGCCUCUACCUCCAAACAGGGCUCUCCUUCCAGAGCAGCCAGGUCCCCAGCCAGGAGAGGCAGCAGUCGCUCCAUAGACGCCAGGAGGAGGGAUGCUGACAGACAGGGCUCCUCACCACUAAGGAAGCGAAUACGGCCAGAAGCAGGACCAGGGGGUAGAGCGAGGUCACGGGAGACCAGCCCCAGAGGUGCUCCCCAAGGUCGCAGGAUGAGCCGCUCUCCCUUCAGAAGAAGGUCUCCCUCGCCCUUCCGGAGACGGAGUAGAUCUCCACUGAGACGCAGGUCACCAGAGAGGGACAGGUACGGCCGUCUCAGACAGUACGGCAGGCGCUCCAACUCCCGGGACCGGGACAGGAGGAGGAGACAUGGCCGGGACGAGGACAAAUUCAAGGGCAGCCUCUCUGAGGGCAUGAAGGCCGACAAGGAGUCCUCCGAAGAGGAAGUGUUCGAGGAUUUUGACGGUGAGGAGGUGGAUGAAGAGGCUCUCAUAGAGCAGCGCCGCCAGCAGCGUCUAGCUAUCGUCCAGAAAUACCGUGGCGGCAACGAGGACAGCAUGACGUCUAUGGCGUCGGAUCCCAGUAGCCCCCAGAGCAGCACGCGGAGCCGCUCGCCCUUACCAGACGACAUCCUGGAGCGCGUGGCGGCCGACGUGAAGGAGUACGAGCUGGAGAACCUGGACACGUUUGAGGAGAACAUCAAGGCCAAGCAAGGCCUCAUCACACAGGAGAAGGAUGGACUUAAAAAGCCCUCAGCCCCUGAUAUGUUUACAGAAUCGGACGACAUGUUUGAAGCAGCCAUUGAUAGUGCCAGGAUGAGAGCAGCAGGUGUGGGGGGGAAGGACUUCAAAGAGAACCCCAACCUCCGGGACAACUGGACCGACGCAGAGGGUUACUACCGUGUGAACAUCGGGGAGACACUGGACAAGCGCUACGACGUGUAUGGCUACACAGGCCAGGGAAUGUUUAGCAAUGUGAUCAGGGGCAGGGACACGGCCCGCGCCGGACAGGAUGUGGCUGUCAAGAUCAUCCGCAACAACGAGCUCAUGCAAAAGACUGGCCUGAAGGAGCUGGAGUUCCUCAAGAGGCUCAACGACGCCGACCCAGAUGACAAGUUCCACUGCCUGCGCCUCUUCAGACACUUCUACCACAAGCAGCACCUGUGUCUGGUGUUUGAGCCCCUCAGUAUGAACUUGCGCGAGGUGUUGAAGAAGUAUGGUAAGGAUGUGGGCCUCCACAUCAAGGCUGUCCGCUCCUACACCCAGCAGCUCUUCUUGGCCCUCAAGCUCCUCAAACGGUGCAACAUCCUCCACGCUGACAUCAAGCCCGACAACAUCUUGGUGAAUGAGUCGAAGACCAUCCUGAAACUCUGCGAUUUUGGCUCGGCAUCCCACGUGGCGGACAACGACAUCACGCCGUACCUCGUCAGCAGAUUCUACAGAGCUCCCGAAAUCAUCAUUGGGAAGCCGUACGACUACAGCAUAGACAUGUGGUCGGUGGGCUGCACCCUAUACGAACUCUACACAGGCAAGAUCCUGUUCCCCGGCUCCUCCAACAACCACAUGAUCAAACUUGCCAUGGACCUCAAGGGCAAGAUGCCCAACAAGAUGAUCCGGAAAGGCCUGUUCAAAGACCAGCACUUUGAUCAGAACCUCAACUUCCUCUACAUUGAAGUAGAUAAAGUGACUGAAAGGGAGAAGGUGACAGUGAUGAGCACCAUCAACCCCACCAAGGACCUGUUGUGUGACAUGGUGGGGGGCCAGCGGCUGCCCGAGGAGCAGAGGAAGAAGGUCCUGAUCCUCAAAGACCUGAUCGACGGCACUCUGAUGCUGGACCCGGCCAAACGCAUCAGUAUCAACCAGGCCCUGCAGCACCCCUUCAUCCAGGAGAAAAUCUGACCUCAGACCAGCUCACACUACACCACUAGCCUGGUUCCAGAUCCAUUUGUGCUGUCUCGCCAACUAUGGUCAUUCUGAUGUCAAUUGCGUGACAACAACAACCAUUGGCAAAACAGAUCUGGGACCAGGCUACUAUACCACCACCACCCAGAGCAGCGAUGUCAGGUCAAAUACUGCAGUAUGGCAGCCAAAAAGACAAGACCAGACUCCUCAUUAAGAAUGUUAUGGAUGUAUAUUUUUCCCUCCCCUUAUUUUGAUUGAUGGGUACUAUAACCUGGUAUCUAGUUUUAUUGUAAAUAGGUCAUUGAAAAUUGACAUUCAAAAAAAUGUUUUAACUGGCAAUGAAAUGACAGAGAUUGACAGAAUAUAAUUAUUGUAAAUAUGUCUAUUGCGUUGUUGGAAGAAUCAGUGUUCAUCAGUCUAGAAAUUUGGGUCGUGUACUAGUCGCAUCAAGAAGAUGAUACAUAAUGGCACAUCUUCUGCAGUUUCUUUUUUAUGAUUACUAACAUUGCUCAUUCUGCUACGAUGCAUGCUUUUGAAUAUGCAUUCUUUCAUUGUGCCCUAGAUGUGUGUAGCGCAGGCCUGUGUAAUGUAAAUGCUCUGUGUGCGUAGCAGCAAUUAUGUCCCAUAUGUAAUGGCAGCACAAGCCCAAUUUCACAGGUCCCAGGCCUGUGCUUAAGGAAUGGACUCUCCUCAGAAAAAUAGGAAUGUUCCAUUUCAAGCACGGUCAUGUUAUUUUACAGAACAGCCUCGAUUGACUCCAAUGAUUUCACAACUUCUCUUUUAUUUCUCACUUUUUCUCUCUCUGACAUGGUCCUGACUAUAGGCUCUCAGCCUCGUGCAUGAGCCUUGUGUGUAAAACACAUAAAAAUGCCAGCUUGUGGAAGCCACCACUCUCCCUCAUUGCUCUCCUAUGUUGUGUUCACACAGUUUAUUGGGUACACCCAUGUAGUACCAGAUCGGAUUCCCCUUUGCCUCUAGAACAGCCUGGAUUAUUUGGGGCGUGGAAUCUACAAGUCUGAAACGUUCCACAGGGAUGUUGGUCCUUGCUAACGCAAUGGCAUCACACCACCGCCACCAGCCUGUACCGUUGACACCAGGCAGGAUGGGUCCUGCUGCGUAUUUACAUUUAAGUCAUUUAGCAGACGCUCUUAUCCAGAGCGACUUACAAAUUGCCAACUCUGACUCUGCCAUCAGCAUGACGCUUCAGGAUUCGACAGACCAGGCAAUUUUUUUCCACCUCUUUUUAUUUAUUUUUUAACCCCUUUUUCGCCCUAAUUUCAUGGUAUCCAAUUGGUAGUUAGUCUUGUCUCUUCGCUAACCCGGACCACGCUGGGCCAAUUGUGCACCGCCCCAUGGCUCUCCUGGUUGCGGCCAGCUGUGACAGAACCUGAACUCGAACCCAUAAUCUCUAGGCCCUAUUUUUCCACUUCUCAAUUGUCCAGUGUUGGUGAUCGCGAGUGGAACCCGGUGUGCUCGUCUGCCGCAAUAGCCCAACCGUGACAGGAAUCGACGAGAUCUGCGCUCCGAGAUGCCCUUCUGCACACCACACUGCCAUUAUUUGUCUGCUUGUGGCCAGCCUGUUAGCUUGCACGAUUAUUGCCAUUCUCCUUCGGCCCUUCACCAGUGAGCUGUUUUCGCACCAUUCUCGGGACACCCUACACACUGUUGUGUGUGAAAAGCCCAGGAGGCAGCUGUUUCUGAGAUACUGGAUCCGGCGUUCCUGGCACCGACGAUCAUAUGACAUACAAAGUCGCUUAGUCUUUUUGCCCAUUCUAACGUUCAACCGAACAGUAACUGAAUGCCUCGAUGCCUGUCUGCCUGCUUUAUAUACAGUCGUGGCCCAAAACAUUGAGAAUGACACAAAAAUGAAUUUCCACAAAGUUUGCUG